GGAAGUAGCGCUUCGUCAGCAGCCAUCAGAUCGACCAGAGAGCCAUAUCAGACCCCGAGGGAAGGAUCUGGUCCCCUUUUACUCCCCUAAUGUCAUAUUAGUUUUUGGUCGACGGCGAAUUAAUUUAGGAGGCUCCGAAGACCAAUGUCGUCGCUUUCGUUUUCGUUCUGAUUUAAAAAACCGUUAUCUACCGAAACAGAAUGGAAAGGACGAGCACCUCUGCGGGCACUUUUAGGACAUAAUCGAUCGGUUUUAAAAACGUGUAUUGAGGGUUCAAAGUUCACUGUCUGAUUUUCAAACGCUUCGUCAGUCCAAGCUAUAACUUUUUUUUUAAUUAUUUUUAGCCGAUACUUUCAAGAUAGUUUCUCCCUACAGCACGAGACUAAAAGUUACGCCGACUACUCGCCACGCCCCUUCUUUCUUAAAGACGUAUCGACCUCCGAGCGCGUUCAAUCCUUCAGUCACUCGUCUCACGGCCAGAAGGAUGAGAGACCCUGUGAAUUUUAGUGCUAUUCACAAAAUAUGCAAGUUGAUCGUGUUGCUGUGUUUUCUCCACAUUUCAGUGGUUUUUGUUUUUUACGUUAAGUCGUUCGACAUCGGACAUGCGUUUAUUCAUAAAGAGCCAACUUUUACCAGACGGAAUUCAACUGCACGGCCGUUCCCGGCCGGGACGAAUUCCGUUUCAACAGCCGAAGGACUAGCAACCACAAACCAUGAAAGGAACCAGGGGAUCUCUUCAAAUAAACAACUACCUGUCGCAGCCAGUCAACAGACCAUUGAGCUUGGGAAAUGUCCCGAAACAUCGCCACUCUUAGUGGGCCCGCUGCAGGUGGAGUUCAAAACCCCCGUCUCGCUGGAGCAGGUCAUGAAGGAUAACGUGGGCUUGAGACCGGGCGGGCGCUACACACCCAAAGACUGCGUCGCCCUGCAGAAGGUUGCCAUCAUCAUACCUUUUCGGAACCGGGAUGAGCACCUCAAGUUCUGGCUCCACUACCUCCACCCGAUCCUGCAGCGACAGCAGCUGGAUUACGGCAUCUACGUCAUCAAUCAGGGAGGAACGCAGACGUUCAACCGUGCAAAGCUGCUCAAUGUGGGUUACAUGGAGGCGCUGAAGGACUACGACUACGGCUGCUUUGUCUUCAGCGACGUAGACAUCAUCCCCAUGGACGACCGCAACACCUACAAGUGCUUCGACCAGCCACGCCACCUCUCAGUCUCCAUGGACAAGUUUGGCUUCAAGUUACCAUACUGGCAAUACUUCGGGGGCGUGUCAGCCAUGAGCAAGGAGCAGUUCCAGAAGAUCAAUGGCUUACCCAACAGCUACUGGGGCUGGGGAGGCGAAGACGAUGACAUCUACAACAGGUUAUCCACGAAGGGUAUGACCAUCUCUCGGGCCAGUGGCACGGUGGGGAAAUGCAGAAUGAUUCGACACAACCGGGACAAGAAGAAUGAGCCCAACCCUCAGAGGUUUAACCGACUGGCGCACACCAGGGACACCAUGGCCAAGGAUGGCAUCAACUCGCUCACGUACACUGUGGUUGGCAAGGAGCAGAGGCCGUUGUACACCUACAUCACCGUGGAAGUGGGGGAACCAUGACCCACCUCCACUGACCGCCGCAGUACCCAAAUGUGCCUUACAUGACCUUCUACGGAAGCCAGCCAACAAACUCUUUUUGUCGCGUUUUAAUAUUUUUUUAGGGGGGGGGGGGGGGGGGGGGGGGGUUGUCUCUCAUAAACAUUGGAUAUCGCUGAGGAAUAAAGCAGUGAAUCUUUUGAACACAUGAAUAUGUGUUGUGGCGCUACUUUGUACCAAAGUGCCCGCUUGUCUCUGGGACGUCUGCAGCAUCUCCUUCACAACCCCAGUGUGUGUGUGUGUGUGUGUGUGUGUGUGUGUGUGUGUGUGUGUGUGUGUGUGUGUGUGUGUGUGUGUGUGUGUGUGUGUGUGUGUGUGUGUGUGUGUGUGUGUGGGGGGGGUUCCCAGCCCAAUAAAUGUUUUGGGGUAUAAUAUAUUAUCGUAUUCUGUUUUUAGGAGGGGUGUGUGUGUGACCAAAGUUGUGCGUUUCUUGGGGGAGGGGCUGGAGCUUCCCCUGGCUUAAUCCACCUGGAGCCCUCUCCCAGUCCCAGGCUGCCUGGGAACGAGCCUGCCCUGGCGGCUCCUCAGUCCUACCGAAUGUACUCUGCUGGCAGGGCGGUCACAGGCCCGCUCACUGACACUUUGAAUCCACCCAGUCAGGAGUUCAUUCACUCAUAUCAGGUGUCUUUUAAACUGAUAAGAGGUUUUGGAUUAUUUAAGGGUGUGUUGAGGGUUUUUUUCUGUUAAUGAGAAAAAUACCGUGGGUGUGUAAAUGUUUAGAUUGGAAGAAUAAGGUGUGUAUGCAUGCGUGCGAGUGUCUUGUGUGGAUGCAAUAUGAUUGCAUCCAGGUUGGCUCAUUUGAAAUGACAAAAUGUGCCUUCUAGUUACUUGUUACUGGGUCCUGUUACUCAUCAAUAUGCUGUUGGGGGAAGGUUCUCUCUGGGUUUGAUGUAGUUAUCCCUGGAGAGAACACACUCACCUGAGCCUUUAAUGCCUUUUGAAGACCUAAUCGAAGUGCUGAGAGAUCUUCCAAUAGUGUGUCUGCUAGAGUUUAGAUGAACGCGCAUAGUGGCGUGGAAGCUUGAGUAAAAGUGACUUUAUCUGUCAUUCCUCUGCGACGAAACCUUUGUGGGAUCACUCCGAGGACUACGUCCUUUGAUUGAUCCACGGCCAACAGUAAAUGAUUGCCCAUCCAUUAAUUUCACCCCUGCUGGAGCACAGGGCUCUGGCUGCCCGCAGCCUUACCUGGCAACACUUAGUGCUUGUUCCCAGGGACGGGUGCUUCAGAGAGGCUGAUAGACCAAACGGUGUGCGUGUGGGUUGUCUUGAUGACUGUGCUCCAAUAAACUGCAGGGAGCUUUCCCGAUGACUAUCAGGUGUGUGUGUGGAUGUACGCGAGUCACGGGUGGUUGUCAUGUUCAGAGUUGACCUCUGUUGCAUUGAUUUGAUCUCAAUCUGUGGACAACAGCCUUAGUUGGCUGGCUUAUAGUCAGAUAAAUCACCGCCACGUCCCGAUGAAUUGAUCAGGCAUUUUGUUAUUUUCUUUAUUUUGAUUUCACAUGUGAUGCUUUGUAUGGAACUAUCAGAAUCUUUAUGCACGUCAAUCUCUCCUGUGAUUUUAAUUUUUUUUAUUUUCCUUUACUUUUUUGCCAAAGUUGGAUUGUGGUAUAAAAUGUAAGAUUGUUGUAGUUUAUCACAUCUAUGCGUUGGGUCUCUUUCUGAAUGGCUCUAUUCUGUAUUUGUUCAUGCAGAAUGAAAGUGGAAACUAAUACGCUAGGAUACACUUUGGCCUAUUGUUGCCAUGCGUUGCCAAGCUAACAUUAAACCUUGUGUUGAAUAGGU